CUCUCGCAAAUUCUCUAUCCCUCUCCUUCCCUAGGGUUCAAAACCACCAUUCCGUUAGAUUCGACUCAAUUCUUUUUUCUUUUUCUUUUUUUUUAAUAUUCAUAUAAAAAAAGUUUCCAUCAUGAUGCAACAGCCAGCAUCCGGGGUGGUUCCACAGCAGAUGCCGUCGGAACAGUAGUACCAGCAGGCGCACGCCGCUGCACAGCAGCAGCAGUGGAUGAUGCAACAGCAACAACAGCAGCAGGUCCCACAACAACAGUCUGGGUGGGCCCAGCCUCAACAGGCCCAAGCCCAGGCCCAGUACUCGGCCCAACAGACUGCCGGGUCGGAAGAGAUCCGCUCUCUCUGGAUCGGAGACUUGCUUCCCUGGAUGGAAGAGAAUUACCUCUUCAGCUGCUUCGCUCAUACCGGAGAGGUUGUAUCUGCUAAGGUUAUCCGCAAUAAGCGAAGUCAGAUAUCUGAUGGUUAUGGUUUCGUUGAAUUUGUUAUCAAAAAACAUUUGCUUUCAUAAGAGAAAGUCAAAGCCUAUAACUUCAGUGGACAUGAACACAAACCUUACUAAUUACAACAUGUCAACAUUGCAUGUUUUUCAUCAAAUUAUAAAAGAAAAAAUAAAUAAAUAAAUAAAAAUGAAAGAAGAGGAAGAAGUGAACGUAGAAUGUUGGCCUAGUUGUGACAAUGAACUCUUCAAUGUCUCUUAAAUUGGCAAAAAAUUCAGAUAAAUAAUUUUCAAAAUCAAAUUGUGAAAUUUGUUAAGCCACUCUAACGGAUUAACAAGUAAUAUUGGA